AUGAAUAGCUUCCACAGCAAUAAGAAACUCGCGAAGUUUAAUCUCACCCAGCCAAUGAUGGCUGCUUAUUAUGGCUCCCAUAUCGCUUUGACGCAAGUCAACAAAACUCUCAGCCAUCCAAAUUUCACCGUUGCCGAUGAUUUCUACUCGCAAACACGACCGGACUAUUACGUCUUCAGCUGCAGAUAUAAUGGCAAAAGCUGCCGGAACACUGGUGGCGAUACAUUUUGGAGGCCAAUAGUUGGCAUGCACGGAAACUGUGUCGAGUUCAAUCCCAAUACGGUUGAGCAUCAUCGUAAUGAAUACGAUGCGAAGAGCUCUUAUGGCUAUCAUCGAAGUUUGUCUCUUCUUAUCGGGUACAACCGGUCGGACUGGACUGCUGGCUGGGAAGAUGCUCUCGACGGAAUGAUCUUGUACUACAAUCACGUGAUGGAUCCUGUACCGGACCCGAAGCAAGCUUUGUUUCUCUACGAAGGGUUGACUCCAAUCAUUUCCAUUCAGCAGUUGAGGACGAAGUACAUUGGCUCUCCUUACAGAAAAGCACCACUGAUCCAGCGCUUCAAGGGUGCUCCAAACAAGUGCGAAAUCGCCUGCGAUUCUAGAGUUUACAAGCAAGACUCGAUCAUGUACGGAAAGCUUCGAAAGAUCUCCGUUCCCUUCCCGAACGUCGCCGCUGUCGGAGUCAUCAUCAAUCAAGCAGACAUCAGCGAGAUAUUCACUUACGAAAAGCCAAUGUACACUUUUUACGAGUUCUUGUCUGACUGUGGUGGAGCAUUGGGCCUAAUUCUUGGACUGUCCAUUCAUUCGAUUAUUUUAAGCUCGGCGAUGAUUUUCAGCAAGGGGUGUCAAAAUUAA